GGUCUUAAUGUUGGCACAGUAUCAGGGAAGGCAGCCUUUAGUUCAUCGUUUAAACCGAGAUUAAUAGAAGCUUUAAUAGACACAAUUUCCUGUAACCCUUUCAUUGUUAAAUGUUCCUUGGUAUUAAUAAUAUUUACAACGGAUUUAAAGAGAAGGAAAUCUGCAAGCUUUUGA